GAAACGCUGUCUACAGAGUGUCCCGACUAGUGGUUUUCAGUGUUGAAAACACAACACCAAGUGGACAUCUAUCCGGUCAGCUGUUUUGAGAGUCAAACUCGGAAUCAUUUAAAAAAAAAGAUCACAAGGAUAUUAUCAUCAACAACAGUAGGAUUCAACGUAAACCACAGAUAGACACGUUACACAAAUUGCUACCUUCUUGUACCCAGCUUUUAGUUAGUUAGCACGAAUCAGCAAGCUCAUUACAAUGGGAUCCAGAGCGUCAACGUUACUGAGAGAGGAGGAGAUUGAAGAAAUUAAAAAAGAGACCGGCUUUUCCCACAGCCAGAUCACCCGGCUCUACAGUCGCUUUACCAGCUUGGACAAAGGAGAGAACGGCACGCUCAGUCGGGAGGAUUUCCAACGGAUACCAGAGUUGGCCAUCAAUCCUCUGGGAGACAGAAUCAUCAAUGCCUUCUUUCCUGAGGGGGAAGACCAGGUGAACUUCAGGGGCUUCAUGAGGACUCUUGCUCACUUCCGUCCCAUAGAAGACAACGAGAAGAACAAGGACCCCACUGCCUCCGAGCCGCUCAACAGCAGGAGCAAUAAACUGCUCUUUGCUUUCAGGCUGUACGACCUGGACAGAGAUGAUAAGAUCUCCCGUGACGAGCUGCUACAGGUUCUUAGAAUGAUGGUUGGUGUGAACAUCUCUGACGAGCAGCUGGGCAGCAUCGCUGAUAGGACCAUCCAGGAGGCCGACCAGAAUGGAGACAACUCCAUUUCCUUUAAUGAGUUCAUCAAGGUACUGGAGAAGGUGGACGUGGAACAGAAGAUGAGCAUCCGCUUCCUGCACUGAGACACUAAUGGGCUUCCUGACAGGACUGUCUCUGAUUGGACCCCAUUCUGACAGGACUGUCUCCGAUUGGCUGGACCCUCCACCUUCACAAUGCCCGUUGGACCAAGACCCAAGCUAUGUCCCAAAUGGCACCCUAUUCCCUAUGUAGUGCACUACUUUUGACCAGUGCCCACAGGGCUCUGUUAUGUAGUGCACUCAUUUUGUUUAGGUCCCAAGUCAAAAGUAGUGCACUACAUGGCAAAUAGGAUGCCGUUUUGGACGUAGCCUCACACCCAUCUCAACACUAUGCACUCGCUCUCUCUGACCCCUCCUCCAGUACUAUUCUCUCUCUGACCCCUCCUCCAGGACUAUGCUCUCUCUCUGACCCCUCCUCCAGGACUAUGCUCUCUCUGACUCCUCCUCCAGGACUAUGCUCUCUCUCUGACCCCUCCUCCAGUACU